AUGAGCUACUCGUUCUUGCUGGUACCUCGUGUCCGCAUCUCCACACUGAUCCACCUCUCCACCUGCUCAGACGGUCCUUUGCAACUUGCGGGAGCUGAGUGUUCGGACAUAAGAUUCCAGAGCGACCUGCUACCCGGAGUGAAGGUCCUGCCUGAACAGGACUCAGACACACAAACUCACUGUCCUCAGCAAGUGGCCUGGAAGAAGGGCAAGUCUGACCAGGAGCCUGAACCAUCAUCGUGGACCAAUUUGGGCAUCUGGGUCUGCAGGUACGGGCUUCAGGUUGUUGAAUCCCCAGACCACGGAUAUGACAGAAAGAAUCAGACCACGGCUUUCAACGUCUCCGUUCCCACGCUCCAGGGUCACUUGUCACAUCACAUCAACCUUGCCCGUCUCAGAGGGACGGCGGUUGAAAAGUUAAAGAGGAACCGAGGACACGGAUACAGACGCUUCCUCAAGGGGGUCCUAAAAUCCUGUGUGGGGGGUGGGCACAGGGGUCACUCCCGCAGUCCAGAGCGCCAGGAUGAGCGGGAGGAGGCAAGUCGGUAUCGGCCCGAGAGGCAGCUGCUGCCCCGGAGACAGACCGUGAGCAAACGGUCCCAAGUCACCCCAAGCCCAUCUUCCCGCCUCCUCCUUGCCGUUUCAACCUUGCUCACUCAGCUAAAGCCGGCAGCCAAGUCUGAAACUGAGCGUGCAGAGCAACACACCGAUUUCCCUCCGCACCCGAGCCAGAGGACGCUCACCGUGCCGCCUCCCCGCAGACAUCCCCACAGAGGCCCAUCACCUCCGCAGGCUCGCUUUGAAAGGAAACUCCCAAGUCUCUCCGAAGACAAGUCCGAAACUGCAUCUGGAGAACAAACGUCUGCGGAGGCAGCAGCUGCGACUCCACUCCUGAUGCUGGCAACAGCCUCGGUGCGCCCCGUCCAGGGAGGGCGCGCGGCCAGCAGUGCAGCAGAGCCAGGCUAG